CGCUCUACCGCUGACUAUUUCGCAGUGUCUUAUGGGAAAGGUAGUACUCAUGCUUCUCGGCGGGCCCCUACCGAACAGAGCGCAAACUAAACUUCCCAGCAAGUAGCGUGCCAGCCUGGGAACGGGGGCAAGAUGGCGGACACCGAAGAUAGUGCUUCGGAGCCCGUUGCCCUUUCUGCAGCCCCAAUUUCAUUCGGCUUCACUCGCACCUCAGUCCGAAGGCGGCUGGCGGAUCCGGGAGACGGCGCGGGGUCGGCCCCAGAGGAGAAGGAUUUCUUGAAGACCGUGGAAGGAAGAGAGCUCCAGAGUGUGAAGCCCUUAGAAGCGCCUAAGGAACUGGUCAUCCCGUUGAUUCAGAAUGGCUGUCUCAGGCAGCCCUUGGUCCAGACUCCUGUGCCAUCCGCAGAGGCCUUGGCAGAUGGGGUGCUGUCCCAGGCUGUGAAGGAGCUUAUUGAGGAAUCCAAGAAAUCUCUGGAGGAGAGAGAGAACUCGGGUGUUGACCCCACGCUCGCUAUCCCCAUGAUUCAGCAAGGAUGCACCCCCACUGGAGAAGGGGCAGACAGCAAACCCCAGGCUGAGACAGUGCCAGAGGAGGCUGAUUACGAGGCUGUUCCUGUGGAGGCCUACGGGCUAGCCAUGCUUCGGGGCAUGGGCUGGAAACCGGGCGAGGGUAUUGGCCGUACUUUCAAUCAGGUGGUGAAGCCCCGUGUAAACUCACUGAGGCCCAAGGGGCUAGGGCUGGGUGCCAACCUGACCAAGGCCCAGGCUUCAGGCUCCAGUGGCUCCUACUGCUCACCAAGGCCAGAUGGGGAGCAAGAGAAGGAUAAGGAAGACCAGUCGCAAGGGCUGGUGCCUGGAGGAGCUGUGGUGGUCCUUUCUGGCCCUUACCGAGGCCUCUAUGGGAAGGUGGAAGGCCUUGAUCCUGACAAUGUGCGAGCUAUUGUUCGUCUAGCAGUGGGCAGUCGCAUGGUGACUGUUAGCGAGUACUGUCUGCAACCUGUGUCCCAGCAGGAGUUUGACAAGAACUCCUUGCAUGCUGGCCAGGUGAGUGGAACUUCCUCAGGGCAACACAGUGGAGCAUCUUCAUCAUGGAAGGCCCUCCAGAGUGAAGACCUCCGUGGCCGGUGGGAAGACUCAGAGAGGAAGCGGAAACACCCUCCAGACCGGUGGGACCCUGGGCAUCUGGGAUGGGAAAGAAGACAGGAUGGGCCUGUGGUCAAGAGUGAGAAAGCAGCCACCAGGCGUCAGCAUUGGCUGCACAGAGACCUGCGUGUGCGCUUUGUGGACAAGCUGCACAAGGGCGGCCAGUAUUACAACACCAAGAUGACAAUUGAAGAUGUCCUGAGCCCUGACACGUGUGUGUGCCGGACAGAUGAAGGCCAAGUCCUGGAAGGCCUGAGGGAAGACAUGCUGGAGACCCUGAUUCCCAAGGUUGAGGGCGAUCGCGUGAUGGUGGUGCUGGGGUCACAGGCUGGAAGGGUGGGCCAUCUGCUGGGCCGGGACAGAGCCCGGAGUCGGGCUUUGGUGCAGCUGCAGAGAGAGAAUCAGUUGGUGGAGCUUCACUAUGACGCCAUCUGCCAGUACAUGGGCCCCAGUGACUUGGAUGAAGACUGACUGUGGGACACUGCUGUCCUGCAGGCCCUUGCCAGUUCCAUACCACCUAAGAGAAGACAAAUGCUUAGUCCUGCAGUGCAGGACAGGGUGGAUGGAUGGAUGGAUGGAUGGAUGGACCAGAAGGAAACUAGAACCAAAUCCAGUGUUUACUAGAAUUGAGUGUAUAAUAAAAACCAUUUGAAGUACUCAGUAGGACAAACACGUAAGUGGUGUGCUGAGCUGUGCCUUAAGAUGGGAGCCAAGUCAACUGAGGCAGGAACUGUUUGAUUUGUCAGCCUCCCCUCCCUGCCCACGGUGCAAACAGAUUAAAUAGCCUACUCUAUUGGAAGCUCACUCUUAGCAAACAGAACUGGUAAUGAAAUGUGCCCUGAGCAGACACCAUGGAAUCUGAUUUCCACGUCUCCAAGUAGCUCUCCAGGUACCAUCGUUUGGUUGUUAAAUGUCCCCAGAGGCCCAUGCAUUGAAGGCUUGAUCCUUGGAGUGGAGCUAUUGGGAGAUGCUGUGGUUGCCUUUAGACCAGUGAUGGCGAACCUUUUAGAGACUGAGUGCCCAAACUAUAACAUAAAA